UUUCACUAGGUGUGGCCAAAGAUGAGCCAGUAAACUAGCUAAUUUUACGGCCAUUGAAUACAUGCACGUUUGAUGCUGUCAUUGGUCAAACUAUUUUUCAAACAAACCAACGCCAAAUUUUUUUGUACAUCAUAACCAUCAGUAAUAAAUACCGCGUUCCAUUCUGAUAAAAAAUAACUGGGAAAUCACUGAUCAAAGUCAGGUGUCAAUAGCAAAACAUAAAGUAAGUCGUGAAAAAUGACAGAAAUUGAUUUAGUCAAUAGGGACCCAAACAACCUUAAUAGCCAUUUGAAGGUAGCAUUUGAGGAUGUUUUGGCUGAGCCCGAGGGAGUCCGAAGUCUGGACUGCGUGUGGAAGCUCUCCUACAAAUGUUUCACGUUGUGGAAAACGAUCUGUUACGUCAUCAUGACGACGUGCUGCGGAAUCUGCCUGGCCGCGGAGUGGGGCUGUCAGUUCUCCUACAUCGCCUUCGUUCACAUCUGGUACAUAACUCCGUGCUUCAAGGUCUUGGAGUUGAAUUGUGGGUUCAUGCAGAAACUUUACGGACUCUGUAUCCAUUGCUGCCUCGAUCCGAUGUGUGAAGCCUUCGGACUGAUAUUUCACAAGUUUCAAAGGAUCUGAUUUCCGAUCUUUCCCUUGGUUUAGUUUGGAGAUUUCAGUUCUGUACAUAUAGUUGCCAUUUUUUAAAUUUUCAAUAAUUUUACACGCAUAACUUAUGUUUAUAAUUUGGGAAAGACAAUUAAUUAGACAGGAGUCUUAGAAAAGGAAGUAGGAAUAUGAUGUAUAUGUUUUCUUUUAUACAUGUAUAUUGUAUCAUACAAUAGAACGUAAUAAACAUACUCUUUUUUGGUCAAUAAACCAAAAUCUUAAAUAUAAAACGAAAAUGUUUAAAAGUUAUUUUCAAAGGGACAUAAAUAUGAUUUAAGACCAAACAUUUCUUUUUUCAUUUUUAAUUUAGAUUGAUUUGGUUUGGCGUUUUGAAUGAUUGACCAAAAUUUUGAAUGUUAGAGAUCA